AGGAGGUGAGGACAACUAUCAUCCAUAUUGGCAACCAAUGUUGACAAAGUGCUGCACACACAGGAGGUGAGGACAACUAUCAUCCAUCUUGGCAACCAAUGUUGACAAAGUGCUGCACACACAGGAGAUGAGUCGGCUGUGGCGGGACACGCCCCCGUCGGCGGCGAGGCUGGUGAACGAUUCCCCCGCAGGCUCUGCCACCAUGGCCCCCCGGGGGUCCAACUCCUCCUGGAUGCCAGAGACCCCGCUGGUCACACCGGAUCAGCCUUUCUUCCUCAUGACCCCCACUGCCCAGACCAUAUCCGGCUUUUUUGUCUGGACGGCGCUGCUCAUCACCUGUCAGCAGAUCUACAUGCACCUACGUUACUACAGCUCUCCAAACGAGCAGCGGCACAUCGUGAGGAUCCUCUUCAUAGUGCCCAUCUAUGCCUUUGACUCCUGGCUCAGCCUUCUGUUCUUCACCAACGAGGAGUACUACGUGUACUUCGACACAGUUCGAGACUGUUACGAAGCCUUCGUCAUCUACAACUUUCUCAGCCUGUGUUACGAGUAUCUGGGAGGCGAGAGCGCCAUCAUGGCGGAAAUCAGAGGGAAACCCAUCGAGUCCAGCUGUAUGUACGGGACAUGUUGUCUGUGGGGCAAGACCUACUCCAUAGGCUUCCUCAGGUUCUGCAAGCAGGCCACUCUGCAGUUCUGUGUGGUCAAACCACUGAUGGCCGUGAUCACUGUCAUCCUCCAAGCCUUUGGAAAGUACAAAGAUGGAGAUUUCAACGUGGCCAGCGGCUACUUGUACGUGACCAUCAUCUACAACUUCUCCGUCAGUCUGUCGCUCUACGCCCUCUUCCUCUUCUACUUCGCCACGCGACAGCUGCUGGUCCCCUUCAGUCCCGUGCUCAAGUUCUUCAUGGUCAAGUCCGUCAUCUUCCUGUCCUUCUGGCAGGGAGUGCUGCUGGCCAUCCUGGAGAAGUGCGGCACCAUUCCUCAGAUAAACUCGGCGGACAUUUCUGUGGGCGAGGGAACGGUCGCCGCCGGUUACCAGAACUUCAUCAUCUGCAUCGAGAUGUUCUUCGCUGCGCUUGCUCUGCGCCAUGCCUUCACCUACAAGGUCUACAUGGACAAGCGGUUAGAUUCUUACGGCUCAUUUCCCAACUACGGACAGUACGGCCGCUGUGCACCAAUGAAAAGCAUCUCCAGCAGCCUGAAGGAGACCAUGAACCCAGGUGACAUGGUCCAGGACGCCAUCCACAACUUCUCCCCGGCGUACCAGCAGUACACCCAGCAGUCCACCCUGGAGAGGGGCGGGGGGCCGGCUCUGUCCCGCAGCCUCAGCAACCUCAGCACCCGGGGGGACAACGAGAAGACCCUGCUGCUCAGCUCUGAUGACGAGUUCUGACAUCCUUGGAGGUUCCCGCGCUCCUGCAGUCCCGGCCGGGUGAAAGGUCAGCCUGAAGUUAGUGACUGACUGAUGAGUGAGCGCGUGUGCCAGAAACAUUACAUGCAAGUCACCUUCUCCAGGGGCCAAUGCAUGACAACCUUCACACUAAAACCAAAUUGUCUGAAAAAUGAACUAUUUAUUUCCCAUAAAAACAAAACGUAUGACAGUGUUCCCGCUAAUAGUACACAACUGUGAGCAAUCAGGAUUAACCCAAAUUAAUCUGAUUUAUUCAACAAAAUCGUCAUUUAACAGCACCCCUGAAAAUGUUUCAGACGGCCUAAAAUAUACGGAAUUUUACUAGGGCUUCAACUAUGGAUUAUUUUAGUAGUCCAGUUAUCUGUCGAUUAGUUUGUUUAAUUAAUUGACUAAUCGAAUAAAACAUAUGGAAGUGGAA